AUGAAGAAAACUUCAACAUCUGUUCCUUUGGAGAGGAGUAAGAAAGAAAAAGAACAAUUCUGUAAACUCUUUAUUGGUGGCUUAAGCUCUGAAACCACGGAAGAAAGUCUGAGGAACUACUACAAGCAACGGGGAAACCUUACAGACUGUGUGUUAAUAAGGGAUCCUGCCAGCCAAAAACCAGGAAGAUCUGGUUUUGUCACGUUUUCAUCCAUGGCUGAGGUGGAUGUUGCCAUGGCUGCCAGACCUCACUCCAUUGAUGGGAAAACUGUUGCGCCCAAACGUGCUGUCCCAAGAGAGGAUUCUGGACAGCGGGGCGCUUUCUUGACGAAGAAGCUGUUUGUUGGUGGAAUUGAAGAAGAUACUGAGGAGCAUCAUCUUAGAGAUUACUUUGAGAAAUAUGGAAAAAUCGAUGCCAUUGAGAUAAUUACCGAUAGAGAGUCUGGAAAGAAAAGAGGCUUUGGAUUUGUUACUUUUAAUGACCAUGAUCCCGUGGAUAAGCUUGUGUUGCAGAAAGACCAUAGCAUCAAUGGUCAUCAUGCAGAAGUAAGAAAGGCCUUGUCUCGACCUAAAAUGCAGGGAGUCCAAAGUUCUAGAGGUGGAAGAGGAGGCAACUUCGGUUUUGGAGACCCUCCUGGUGGUGGUGGAAAUGUUGGAGCAGGACCAAGACGAGGAAGGAAACUUGGAGGAAGAUCUGAUGGAUAUGGAAGAGGACAUACAUUUGGGGAUGGCUAUCAUGGGUGUGGAGGAGGAUCUGCAGGUGGCAAUUUGGGGGUUGGCCCUGGUUAUGGAGGAGGACAAGGAGGAUACGGUGGUAGAGGAUCUCGAUAUGGCGACCUGGAUGGGGGCUCCAGAGGUGGUUUUGACAGCUAUGGAGGAAGAAAUUAUGGAAGUCGUAAUUACAAUGAUUUGGGAAAUUAUAAGCAGAAACCUUCUAAGUACGAUUUACUGAAGACUGGAAAACUGAGUGGUAGCAGGAAUGUGGGAGGAUCAUACGGUGGAGGAAACUAUGGUCCAGGAGGCGGUGGAAGACGUGGGCGUUAUGCAGUGACCAGCCGAUACUGA